CUCACAAACACUGUCAUUAUCAAUCAACCCCUUUCAUUUCAUGUGUCCUGAAAGUUCGCCUUUCUCUCAAGCAAACUUUUUGAAAUUCUACUCUAAAUUCUACUACUUACUUUUAUACAUACUAAAUUCUGCUCUGUACUUUCUGCUACUACUUAUAUAUCAAUUUGUACAUAAAGAGAAUUCAUAUAUACACAUACAGAGAAGCGAGAAAGUUGAAUCACUUUAACGAGCUCCAUUUAUUACGAUUAUUUCAAGUUCUGGGAUAUUUAAAGAUUAAUCAGUUGAGUUGAUUUGAUAGACACUACUUUUGAGCUUAAUGAGUUGCAAGUUCUGGCCUUUGACAUGGUAAUUUUAGUUGGUUGGAAUUGUGGAGGUUGAGAAUUUGUUGGUAGAACAUUAGUUUGGUACUCAAGGCGGUUACAAUGUAUCGGUUAUUUGGGUUAGGAGGAGGUUGUGCUGUUAGUUUAAUGGGGAUUUUACUGUGUUCUUUUUUAAGUUGUCGAUCAGAGGGGUUGAAUGCUGAAGGAAUGCACUUGUUGGAGUUAAAGAAAGGACUUCGAGAUGAGUUUAAUCAUCUUGGGAACUGGAAUUCGAGUGAUCAGACUCCUUGUUUAUGGAGUGGUGUGAGUUGCACAAGCGAUGUUGAUCCUGUGGUGUAUUCUCUUCAACUAAGGGGUAUGAAUCUUUCAGGACACUUAAGCUCUAGUAUUGGAGGUUUGGUUUUCUUAACUUACCUUGAUAUCUCUCACAAUGCAUUCAGUGGAACUAUUCCAAAGGAGAUAGGAAAUUGCUCAAGGUUAGGAACUCUUUACUUGAAUAAUAAUCAAUUUGAAGGGCAGAUUCCACCUGGAAUUUGUAAGCUACCCUUGUUGACAUACUUGAACUUGUGCAAUAACAAGAUCACCGGUCCUAUUCCUGAAGAAAUCGGGAAUCUAUCUUCGUUGUCUGAGUUGGUUGCAUACUCCAACAAGCUAAGUGGUACAUUGCCUCGUUCUUUUGGAAAGCUUAGGAGUUUGAGAAUAUUUAGGGCUGGACAAAAUGAAAUAUCUGGAGAGUUGCCGGCAGAAAUAGCUGAUUGUCAUAAUUUGCAAUAUCUUGGUCUUGCUGAAAAUCGUUUAGAGGGUAAUCUACCUAAAGGACUAGGUAGGCUAAUAAAUUUGACUGAUAUCAUUCUUUGGGGUAAUGAUCUUUCUGGGUAUAUACCAGCAGAGCUUGUGAAUUGUAUGAAUCUCGUGACUCUUGCCCUGUACAGUAACAAUUUUUUUGGAGAGAUUCCGAAGGAGAUAUUUAACAUGAAAUCUUUGAGGAAGUUGUACUUAUAUAGAAACGCAUUAAAUGGUUCAAUUCCUAGGGAUAUAGGAAACCUUUCAAGGGCAUUAGAAAUUGAUUUUUCAGAAAAUUCUCUGAGCGGAGAAAUUCCUGUCGAGUUUAGUCGAAUAAAAAAUUUAUCUUUGCUUUAUCUGUUUCAGAAUCAGCUCACAGGUGUUAUACCAGACGAGUUUGGUAGCUUGAAGAGCUUGAGAAAGCUUGAUCUCUCUUUGAAUCACCUCACAGGCUCUAUUCCAUAUAGUUUUCAAUAUUUAACUAAUUUGGAACAGCUCCAGCUCUUUAACAAUUCUCUUACUGGUAGCAUUCCGCAGUGGCUUGGGGUCUACAAUCGACUUGGGGUAGUUGACUUUUCUUUUAAUAACUUGACUGGAAAAAUCCCUCCUCAUAUUUGUCGACGCUCAAAAUUAGAGACACUGAAUCUGGACUCUAAUCAGCUGUACGGGAAUAUUCCCGAAGGACUCUUACGUUGUCCAUCGUUGAGUCAACUUCGGCUGAAUCGGAAUAGACUAACUGGGAGUUUUCCUUCGGAGCUGUGCAAAUUGGAGAGAAUGUCUGCUAUUGAAUUAAGGCAGAACAAAUUCAGGGGUUCUAUACCAAUUGAAAUUGGAAAAUGCCAGAAACUGCAAAGACUUGAUCUUUCGGGCAAUUACUUCACAUCCCAGCUGCCAAAGGAAAUAGGUAAUUUGUAUAAAUUGGUAAUAUUCAAUAUUUCUUCAAAUUUUAUCACAGGACAGAUACCACCUGAAAUUCUUAACUGCAAGGCACUGCAACAGCUUGAUCUCAGCCAGAAUAAUUUUCAGGGUUCUAUACCAAAUGAGCUUGGCAGUCUAUCACAGAUGGAUCAUCUUAAGCUUUCUGAUAAUAAGUUAUCGGGUAAUAUACCAGCAGCAUUGGGAAAUCUCUCCCGUUUGUUGGAGUUGCAGAUGGGUGGAAAUUAUUUCUCUGGUGAAAUACCAAAUGAGUUGGGUUUUUUUACAUCAUUACAGAUUGCAUUGAAUUUAAGUUUUAACAAUCUUUCUGGCCGUAUACCAUUUGACUUGGGUAACCUUAUUAGGCUGGAAAACCUACUGCUCAACGACAACCAAUUGGCUGGUGAAAUUCCAAACACAUUGGGGAAUUUGUCAAGUUUAUUGGGAUGUAAUUUCUCCAACAAUAAUCUGUAUGGACCCCUGCCUCCCGUAUUAGUGUUCCAGAGCAUGGACAAGAAUAGCUUUCUUGGGAAUAAAGGACUAUGCGGUGGUCCAUUAGGUGAUUGCAACCGCGAACCAUCUGUUGAUUCAGUUCCACCUUCUCUGCAAAGUAAAAGUGGUCGUCAAAGGAAAAUUGCUAUUGGUUCUGCUGUAGUAGGUGGAGUUUCACUUAUUCUCAUCAUAGUCAUCAUAUGUAUCAUGAUGCGGCAACCAGUUGAGAAAAAUUCUGCCAUCCAGGAUAAAGAUAUAUCAGCACCAGUCUCUGAUAUAUAUUUUCCUCCAAAAGAGGGGUUCACAUUUCAGGAUCUUGUUGAUGCAACAAACAACUUUGAUGAUAGUUAUGUCAUUGGAAAGGGAGCUGCUGGGACAGUUUAUAAGGCAGUUAUGCAGUCUGGACAAACAAUUGCAGUUAAGAAACUUGCAUCUAACAGAGAAGGAAAUGAUAUCGAUAAUGGUUUCCGAGCCGAAAUUAGAACAUUGGGAAAAAUUAGGCAUCGUAACAUUGUGGAGCUAUAUGGGUUUUUCUAUCACCAGGGUUCCAAUUUGCUUCUCUAUGAGUACCUUGCAAGGGGUAGCUUGGGAGAAUUACUUCACGGAUCAUCUUGCAACUUGGAAUGGCCGAUACGCUUCACAAUUUCUCUUGGGGCCGCUCAAGGUCUUUCAUAUUUACAUCAUGACUGCAAGCACAGGAUUAUUCACCGUGAUAUAAAAUCGAAUAACAUAUUACUUGAUCAUGACUUUGAAGCUCAUGUUGGUGACUUUGGUUUGGCAAAGGUUAUUGAUAUGCCUCAGUCGAAGUCCAUGUCUGCUGUUGCAGGAUCAUAUGGAUACAUUGCCCCUGAAUAUGCGUACACCAUGAGGGUUACAGAGAAAUGCGAUAUCUAUAGCUAUGGGGUUGUGCUACUAGAGUUGUUAACAGGGAAAACUCCUGUACAACCAUUGGAUGAUGGUGGUGAUCUUGUUACAUGUGUGAGGAAAUACAUCCAAGAACAUUCAUUCACAUCUGGCAUACUUGAUAGCAGAUUGAAUUUGGAAGAUGAGCAAAUUGUAAAUCACAUGCUUACUGUUUUAAAGAUUGCUAUAAGGUGCACGAACAUGAAACCCAAUGAUCGUCCAUCGAUGAGAGAGGUUGUUCAGAUGCUGAUUGAUUCUAAUAAGCGUGAAGGCAAUGUAAUCCCACCUCCGGUUUAUGAUUCUCUUUUAAAAGACAAUGCUCCUUUGGAAGACGACAACGCCUUGUGAAUGUACAUAUUGCUUCUCUCUCAUUGCUUUGACGUAAAUUAUGAUAUCAAUCUAUAUGUCUAGCUCUAGAUCAUCUUGAAUAUUCCAUUGAAAAUUGCAUCCCUACAUGUUUACAAAAAAUUGUAAUGUCCCCAACCUGAUUUUUGGGUCAGGGAAAGCAAUGCCAAAAGGCACCUUAAUUUCAUAAAAAGGAUAAAUAUGACAUGACUCAGUUUUGUUGCAA